AUGGGCAUCGCCGGGCGCGCUCCGGGCCGCGACGCCGUGGCAAAGCAGGGGAUAAUUGGGGCCGCUGUGGCCGCGAAGGGGCUUAAGGAAGACCUGAGGGGCGUGGCCCGGCCUUGGAGGAAUUUGUCCCGGAUCCCAAAGCAGGAGGGGCCUGGAGAAGAGGCUGCAGUUGAUGGACACGAAUUCCUACUGCUGAAUGAGAGAAGCUUUCAGAGUGCUGCUAAAAGCAAUAAUUUGGAUCUUAUGGAGAAGCUGUUUGAAAAGAAGGUUAACAUUAAUGCCGUGAACAAUAUGAACUGUACAGCCCUGCAUUUUGCAGUUGGGGGAAAUCAUUUAUCUGCAGUGGAUUUCUUGCUUAAUCACAAGGCCAGGGUGGAUGUUGCUGAUAAGCAUGGCUUGACAGUAAUUCACCUUACAGCCUGGUCUGGAAACCUUGAGAUCAUGCUCAUGCUGGUUAGAGCUGGAGCUGACCAGAGAGCCAGGAAUCAGGAUGGAAUGAACGCCCUCCACUUUGCAGCUCAGAGCAAUAAUGUGCACAUCAUGGAGUACCUCAUUCAAGAUCUGCACCUGAAGGACCUGAACCAGCCUGAUGAGAAAGGAAGAAAACCAUUUCUUUUGGCUGCUGAGAGGGGCCAUGUUGACAUGAUAGAAAAACUAAUCUUCCUUAAUUUGCAUACUUCAGAAGAGGACAAGGAGGGAAACACUGCCCUGCACCUUGCUGCAAAGCAUGGUCACAGUCCUGCAGUGAAGGUGCUGUUAACUCAAUGGCAAGAAAUAAAUGAGAUGAAUGAGAAUGGAGAAACACCGUUCUUUCUGACUGUUCAAGGAGGCCAUGAAGAAUGCAGCAAAGUGUUACUGGCAGCAGGAAGUGAUAUCAACAUUCCAAAUAAACUCAAUAUCAGUGGUUUGCAGAAAGCAACCCGGAAUGGCCACGCAUCCCUUGUCAACUUUCUUCUCAGUGAGAACGUGGAUCUGCACCAGAGGGUGGAACCUAAGGAGUCCCCGCUUCAUGUAGCUGUUACCAACAACCAUAUCACAGUUGUAAACAGCUUAUUAAGGGCACAGCAUGAUAUUGACAUCUUAAAUCAGAGACAGCAAACCCCUCUGCAUAUAGCUGCUGAUCUUGGAAAUGUGGAGCUGGUGGAAGCCCUGCUGAAGGCAGGCUGUGACUUGAAGGUUGUUGAUAAGUCCCUGGCAACUACCAUUCUGCUUUCUUCUGUGUCUGCGAAUUUGACUACUCAAGGGAAGACUGCCCUGGCAGUGGCCUCCAGGAGCAACCAUAGCCUUGUGGUGGACAUGCUCAUUAAAGCAGACGGAUACUAUGCCUGGAGAGAGGAGCAUCGUGAGAGCGUCAGGGACCCAUCAACAGGUUUUACUCUGACGUUCAAGCAAGAUCACAGUCUGGAGACCAGGCAUAUGCGCACGCUCCUCUGGAACCUGGCUUACCGUCAGCUGAAGGCCAACCAGUGGCAGAGGCUGGCCCGUUCAUGGAACUUUACAGACAACCAGAUCAGAGCCAUCGAGGAGCAGUGGUCAGGAGAUGAAAGCUUCUGUGAACAUGGCCACAGGGCUCUGCUCAUCUGGCUGCACGGGGCCCUGAUGAUUCAGGCUGAUCCGGCCAAGCACCUGUAUGAGGAGCUGGUACGGGCAGGUUUCCCAGAACUAGCUGAAAAGAGUUAUCAAUUCAAAAGCAAAACUGAUUCAAGCUCCAAGAAAUGUGCAGUUUCACAAAUGCCUAAGGAAAUUGUAUUUAAAUGAUUUUCCACUCAGCAUUAACUUCUUUUGAUGCCAUAAAUUUCUUCUAGCUGUAUUGAUUUUCCUUUCAACUAUGAAGGUGGU